AUGUCAGCCCGUGCCCGUAUUCUUGAGGCAUGCACCGAGAUCUCGCAUCUUGCUGCCGGGCCGCACGACCAUCUCAUUACCUUGAGCAUGUCGCAUCAGGUUGAGUCCGCACUCCAGUACGCGUGUCACUUCAAAAUAGCGUCACAUGUGCCCGUCAACAGUCGGAUCACUUUCUCAGACCUUUCAACCCAGGCAAGGGUGUCAACAUCGCAGUGUACUCGGAUCCUGCGGCUUCUCAUGACACAUUUCAUCUUCUACGAACCCGAACCCGGAUACGUUAGUCACACACCGGACUCGGCCCUCCUUCUUGACGAGCACAUUCAAUCCUCAGUGGGCUUCUACACAGAUGAAUCGUUACGUUCUGCUUCUUGUCUGACAACUGCAGCCGAGGAAUGGCCGGGAAGUGAGGAAAAAACUGAGACGGCGUUCAACCUGGCAUUGAAUACACCGCUUCCCAUAUUUGAAUUUUUACAGAAUGAGCCCGCGCGUGCCCAUCGGUUUCGAGAUACCAUGGCCGGUUUAAUCCAAAGAGAUCAUCUAAGUCUCGAUCAUCUGGUGGAAGGCUUCAACUGGGCAAGCUUGCCAGAUCAAGCGGUGGUGGCUGACGUAGGUGGAUCAAGUGGACAUUGCUCUAUGGCCAUUGCGGCUGCAAACCCGCACCUACGCUUUAUUGUCCAGGACUUGAAGUCGGCACUAGGCUGCCACAAGUCGGGCGAAACCGUAAACGACCAAAUUGAAUUCAUGCCCUAUGACUUUUAUAACCCGCAGCCCAUCCAGGCAGACGUUUAUCUCCUGCGGUGGAUCCUCCACGACUAUCCAGACAAAUACGCCGCGAAGAUCCUACGAAUGCAAAUACAGAGCAUGCCUCCCGGAUCGCGCAUAAUCCUCAUGGACAGCGUGAUGAUGCCACCGGGGACUGAGAGUCGGCUGGUAGAGCGUGAGGCACGAGCCUUGGAUAUUGGAAUGAUGGCUCUCUGCAAUGCUGCAGAACGGGACAUGGACGCGUGGACCGCCUUUUUCAAUCGAACGGAUCCAAGACUGCGCUUGGUGAAUGUUGUUAAGCCAACAGGAAGUGGUUUGUCGGUAAUGGAGCUCCAAUUGUCAGCGGAGCCAUAG